AUGAAGGAAGACAGAGAUGUCAAUAACCCCAUGCCUAACCGAGGAGGCAAUGGACUAGCUCCCGGGGAUGACAGAUUCAAACCUGUGGUACCAUGGCCUCAUGUUGAAGGAGUAGAAGUGGACUUAGAGUCUAUUAGAAGAAAAAACAAGGCCAAAAAUGAACAAGAGCACCAUGCUGGAGGAGAUUCCCAGAAAGACAUAAUGCAGAGGCAGUAUCUCACUUUUAAGCCUCAGACAUUUACCUACCGUGAUCCUGUGCUCCGCCCAGGGAUCCUUGGUAACUUUGAACCCAAAGAGCCUGAGCCUCAUGGAGUGGUUGGUGGCCCUGGAGAGAAUGCCAAGCCAUUGGUUUUGGGACCAGAAUUCAAACCUGCAGUUCAAGCCAGCAUUAAAGAGUUUGGAUUUAACAUGGUGGCAAGUGACAUGAUCUCGCUGGACCGCAGCGUCAAUGACUUGCGUCAAGAAGAAUGCAAGUAUUGGCAUUAUGAUGAAAACCUGCUCACUUCGAGCGUUGUCAUUGUGUUCCAUAAUGAAGGCUGGUCAACCCUCAUGAGAACAGUCCACAGCGUGAUUAAAAGGACUCCAAGGAAAUAUUUAGCAGAAAUUGUGUUAAUCGAUGAUUUCAGUAAUAAAGAACACUUAAAAGAGAAACUGGAUGAAUAUAUUAAGCUGUGGAAUGGCCUCGUAAAGGUAUUUCGAAAUGAGAGAAGAGAAGGUUUAAUCCAAGCACGAAGCAUUGGCGCUCAGAAGGCUAAACUUGGACAGGUUUUGAUAUACCUUGAUGCCCACUGUGAGGUGGCAGUUAACUGGUAUGCACCACUUGUAGCUCCCAUAUCUAAGGACAGAACCACUUGCACUGUGCCGCUCAUAGAUGUCAUAAAUGGCAACACAUAUGAAAUUGUACCCCAAGGGGGUGGUGACGAAGAUGGGUAUGCCCGAGGAGCAUGGGAUUGGAGUAUGCUCUGGAAACGGGUGCCUCUGACCCUUCGAGAGAAGAGACUGAGAAAGACAAAAACUGAACCGUAUCGGUCACCAGCCAUGGCUGGGGGAUUAUUUGCCAUUGAACGAGAGUUCUUCUUUGAACUGGGUCUCUAUGAUCCAGGUCUCCAGAUCUGGGGUGGUGAAAACUUUGAGAUCUCAUACAAGAUAUGGCAGUGUGGUGGCAAACUAUUGUUUGUCCCUUGUUCUCGUGUUGGACACAUCUACCGUCUUGAGGGCUGGCAAGGAAAUCCUCCACCUGUUUCUGUUGGUUCUUCCCCAACUCUAAAGAAUUAUGUUAGAGUUGUCGAGGUCUGGUGGGAUGAAUACAAAGACUACUUCUACGCUAGUCGCCCUGAAUCAAAGGCAUUACCAUACGGGGAUAUAUCGGAGCUGAAAAAAUUUCGAGAAGAUCACAACUGCAAAAGUUUCAAGUGGUUCAUGGAAGAAAUAGCUUAUGAUAUCCCCUCACACUACCCUUUGCCGCCCAAAAAUGUUGAAUGGGGAGAACUUUUCAGAAUCAAUGAAGCAAAUCAACUCAUGCAGUAUGACCAGUGUUUGACAAAGGGGACUGAUGGAUCAAAAGUUAUGAUUACACACUGUAAUCUAAAUGGAUUUAAGGAAUGGCAGUACUUCAAGAACCUGCACAGAUUUACUCACAUUCCUUCAGGAAAGUGCUUAGAUCGCUCAGAGGUCCUACAUCAAGUAUUCCUCUCCAGUUGUGACUCCAAUAAAAUGACUCAAAAGUGGGAAAUGAAUAACAUUCAUAGUGUUUAG